ACAUAGUAUAUAUGUGUGACAAGUGGGGCGUGGAGCCUGGGGGGUUUUACGAGCCUUAUUACAUCAAGGGAGAAGAAUAUCGAAUACACAUGUGUUUUGGUCUAGGCUGGGAUCCGAAAACACCACCAGUUCCACAGCAACUUAUUUCAUUGGCUGCCAAAGCAGUCAAAGACGCUCAACCCCAUCUGGAUCAACUUCCUUCAAUGUCCCCAAAUACUUGUUUAGUCUGUUUCUAUCCACUUUCCUGUGGUCGUAUUGGUCUUCAUCAGGAUCGCCGCGACGAGAGUGGAAGACAAUCAUCCCCUGUGGUUUCCAUCUUCAUUGGUGAGGCUGCAGAAUUUGUGUAUCGCCUUUGUGGAGAUAACAACAAGUUACGAAGUGUUUUGAUGAAGUCUGGUGAUGUAUUGAUAUAUGGUGGCAGGUCCAGACAUAUUUAUCAUGGUGUCACACAGAACAUGCCUUUAUUGUUAUUACAAGAAACAGGGAUUAAAGCAGGUUGUCUAAACCUUACUUUAACGCAGUUUUGACCCUUCCAGUCCAGGAGUGUUGUAUCCUCGGGGUCCUCUUCUGUAAUGUAUUGGAGUUUCAUAAUUUCAUGUUGGUAUGUUUAGUAUGUUGGGUGGACCGGUGGUGGUCACCCGCGCCAUUCAUAUUCCAAGCCAUGUAGUGAAAAC